AUGUCAUCACUCUUUGGAAACACCAAUAAUAAUAAUACAAAUACAGGAAGCAGCGGUUUAUUUGGUACAAACAGCAAUGCCCUCCCGCAAUCCUCAUUAUUCUCAAACUCAGCCACGUCUCAACCUGCCAGUUCGGUCUUUAAAUUUCCAUCUCUAAGCACAACACAACAACAGAAACCAAGUCUUUUCACCCCCUCAUCCCAGCAAGCUUCUGCGCAAUCAACCUCAUCCGAUCUGUUUGGAUCCCAAAUUAAAAAUGCCCCAUCAACUCUUGCCCCUACCUCGAAUUUAUUUAAUUCUUCAACCUUACCUGCAAACAACACACAACCUCUUCUCAACAAUUCUACAGUAAUAAGUGGUGGCUUAAAUGCUCCUAACCAGACUCAGAACACUGCCUAUUUUGACUCAAUCCUUGACAAAAGUCGGAAGCGUACAUAUGUCGAGCCUUCCUCCGAUGACCUUCCGCAGCUCCAGCUUGGAUUGGGUGACCUCAGACAGCGUAUCAAGCGACUAGGCACAGGUAUUGAACCGAACCGAAGCGCUGAAGCACAUUAUCUACUCGCUGCUUCUGGAAUAAAACCUGGUGAGGCCAUUCGUGAUCUCAAUAACUUUGCAUCUGCGACGGGAUAUAAUCAACGAUCGCAACCCUCAGCACAGCCAGAUACGGAUAUAGAGACUUAUUUAAUGAACUUGCAGACGCAGACGACUCUGAGUAUGAUCCAGGAUGGGCUCGCUAGGUCAGUCAGAGACUUUAAUAAUUUUCUUGAAGAUAAUGUAACUAUGGAAUGGAAUAUGCAAAAGAAGAGAAUAUUUGAGCACUUCGGAAUUAGACAAAAAGAAGACACAAUUCCUGACGAAAGCAUCGGCGGAAAAGGGGGGUCACAGGGAACAUUUGUGCAAUCGAGGAGAAAUAAACCUACUGGUUUGGCCGGGUCUCAGAUUCGUGGCGGAGAUAGUGUUUUUGGUCGAAAAAGUAUGUUUGAGUCGGUAAUAGGUACCGCUGGUCCUGUAGGAAGUGGGCAUCGACCUGUAUUCCAAGAUGUAGAGAAGCAAAUGGAGGCCAACAAUAUCGUGCCUCUAGCGCCACACGAUCGCUUAAAACGAGAUAAGCAGAUAAGGUACGCCGAAAAGGUGACGGAUCUCAAUAUCGCUAGGAUUCAGAAAUACCCUUACCCUCUAUGCACCGAAUUUAUCAGUGUGGUCGAAGCAUCAUCAGAAAAUCAUGGGCCAGACCUAAUUAAGGCAUACAAGGCUUUGAUUGAAAUAGCUGGUGAAAAUCCGUCUGUCAAAUCUCUCGGCGAUCCAAGAGCAGUAGGAGAAAGACAUUUUUCUACCACAUAUCUCGAAGAGUCCAGCACAAAGCAGAAAAUUCUCUUGAAGAAAAAAAUUAUUCGGGGCGGCUCAAGAUGUCUGGAAAAACUAGCUUUUAAACUUAUGGAAGAAACCAUCACAAAGAAUCCCCGAGAAGCAAGUCUUGGCGGGAUUCCAGAUGUUAUCAACAAAGUCAAGGCUUAUGUCAGGUUACAAGCAUCACGUAAGAAUUUGGCCGGAGAUAACACUGACCUACAGAUGCUCGGUGAUGAUUAUGUAUGGGCCCUCAUAUACUCUCUCUUACGAACCGGACAUAUAAAAGAGGCCGACCAAUAUGUCAAAUCAAAUGUAGCAGCUUUUCGAGCAAUUGACCGAAAUUUCGCUUCUUAUAUUCACGCAUAUGCCUCUGAUCCUGAUCGGAGGCUUCCGAGCGACUUGCAAAUACGUAUCAAUGGUGAGUACAACCAAAGGCUUCGGAUCGCUCCAGGAAAUUCGAUCGAUCCCUACAGGAUGGUGUGCUACAAGAUUGUUGGCCGGUGUGACCUGAAACAACGUCAUCUUGAAAAUAUUCCACAAUCUGUUGAAGACUUUGCUUGGGUUCAAGUUGUUCUUGCGCGAGAAAUUAAUCGGGUUGAUGCCGUAGCUAGUGAGAUAUACGGCCUAGCUGAAGCUCAAAAUAUGGUCAAGGAAAUAGGACAUCGUUUUUUUUCAAAAGGUGGCGCGGAGAUAGGAAGUUCUUUUGGUGCAUUUGUUUUCCUUCAGAUUGCUGUUGGAUUGUUUGAAGAAGCAGUCUCUUAUCUAUACUCAUAUAACUAUGUUGAUGGCGUUCAUCUUGCCAUUGCCCUGGAAUUCUACGGACUACUCAGAGCUGCAGAUCCUUCUACUUCAGAAGCCAACUUAUUGAGCUUGACUAUUCGAAACCAGGCGCAAAUAAGCUUUGGUCCGAUGUUGGCCCUCUACACUCGAGACUUUAGAACAGCAAACGUUUCAGCUGCGGUAGACUAUAUUGUCCUAAUGUGCCUAAAUAAAGAUAUUCCUGGUGGUAAUGGUCGCAACCAACUCGCUCUCUGUCAUGAAGCCCUGCGAGAACUAAUUCUAGAAAGUAGAGAAUUUGCAAAUCUUCUUGGCGACAUGCGCAGCGAUGGACAGCGGGUAAAAGGAAUUAUCGAGGAACGAACUGAGCUCAUAGAUCUAGAGGAAGCUGGCGAUUUUUUCCGUACAAUAACUUUACAGGCUGCAAGUCAAGCUGACGAUAAUGGACGCGUAACCGAUGCUAUUCUACUCUAUCAUCUUGCUGAGGAAUAUGAUAGCGUGAUAAGCACACUGAAUCGUGCCCUCGCCCAGGCUGUUAGUACACCUCUCGGUCAAACUUAUGAACGACUUGAUCCCGUUAAACAGCGCACCAACUUGCCUGAAGAAUCUUCACAGCCAAUUUCCACCUUCAGCCUAUCUGCAAGCGAUGACCCCAUGGAAAUGGCCAGAACGAUCCUUGUAAUAUAUGGUGCCAACAGAAUGUUUAUUGAGAUGGUGAAGCCUGUGAAUAUCGAGGCAUGUGGGAAACUACAAAUGAUACAAAAGGCUAAGAAUUGUGUUGAAAACGAGCAAUGGAGUCUGGCCCUUGACAUAAUGAAUGACUUGGCCAUCAUUCCUCUAUCAGCAAAUGGCGAUGCGAACGCCAUCCGUGCCCUAGCGAAUGCCUUUACAUCUCUUGCUCAACCACUAGCAGCGACUGUUCCGCAUCUUCUCAUGUGGAGUAUUUUAUGCAGCAAUAAACAAAGAGAAAUUUUAGCUGCCAGUCUUUACGGCGGGAAUGAGGGCACUAGAUUGCAAAUGGUGGAGCAAAUGAGACAAAUUAACAUGGAUCUAAUGACAUUUGUCGGCCAGUUGAGGUAUCGCCUCCCAGCUAGUUUGCAUGAGGCAUUAGCAAGAUCGCAGGGGAUAUAG